AUGAGACAUUACUGUUUAGGAGCCUGCAUGAGUUUGAGAAAAACCCUCAAUAACAAAUUGUCAGUCCAGCCAAGUAAUGUUAAUGCAAGGCAUCUGAGCAACCUAGUAAUUACCAAUAGUGUCUAUUCUCCUAUCCCUAAGUCCACAUUUCCUCAACUAUCAUUAGCAACAAAAAGGCAACUAAUAAGGAAAGUGUGGUGCAGUUAUGAUGCACCUGGUUUCUCAUGGGAUUUCGCUGCCGAUGAUAUUGACAUUCUGAUCCGAAAGUUCUUCUAUGCCAUCCAUUCGAGAGAUGAACUAUUAUUGGAGGAUGUUCUCUCACAUGACUGCAUAUUGGUUCAGGACGUCAUUUUCCAGAUUGCAUUUGUUGGAGAACAGAACAUAUACAUUGACCAUUUACAGAGCACCAUACAAUUUCUUUGCAAGCUAAUGAAGGCAAUGGGGCGUAAUAUUCGUUUCAAGAUUAAUUCGAUUGAUGAUGGGCAAAGCAAGGAUGACCGUAAGGGUGCAACUGUCUUUUGGAAUCUAGAGUGGAACGAUGAAGAGAUACCUUUCACCAGAGGUUGCACUGUCUUUGAAUUUGAGGAGAUUGAUGAAAAACUCUUAAUCAGGAAGACAAUGAACAUGUGUAGGAAAAUUACGGGAGUGACAGAACCAGGCAAACUCGGUGACUUUAUACUGAAACUCUUGGAGGCAGCAAGUACCUUAUUUGAUAAUUUCCCAGAUCAAACUAGGAGUAAGCAAAAGUUCUUUGACGAGAUUAACUCAAAUGAUUAA